AUGCACGUUCAAAGCUUACUUCUCGCCUGCGUGGCUCCUGCCCUGGCCUUGUGUGGCCCUCCCAAACCGCUUCCUCCGUGCGAUACCAAGUAUCGGCCAUGUCGGUGCCCAGCUGGUGCCACGUUCAAGAACUUGACUUCUUACGGUGUGAUCGGCGCCCCGGCCACUGAGGUUAGAAACAUCAUGGGAAAGUUUCUCAACAUCGAGUUUCAAGGUGGUCUCAUCCCGGCCAGCACCACGGGCCAGGAGGGAGUUCCCGGUGCCAGCCGUACUUUCAACUUCAGCGCCCCGGCUGGAGGUUUCUAUCAGAUCACCGAAGUGCUGGUCAAGUACAAGGAAUACCCCGACGGAUCGUUCGUCAACAUGAACCAGCAGGAUCCGAAAACUCCAGUCGUCGCUAUCCCCGGCGGAGGUACCUACAUGGGCCAGUGGAGUGAGAUCGUUGGCGAGCAGACCCUCAUCGCGAACGAGACGGUCGUUGCCUGGAGGAACUGGCGCUGCGAGACUGGAGAGACCUUCCCUGCUGCCCACUCCCACGAGGAAGGCAUUCGGAAUGCUUCCGCCGUCAUUGCCGCCGCCGGAAAGCACACCGGCGUGGACAUUGCCCCUUUUACUAUCUGGUAUGAGGAGCGUCAGGACUAA